AUGAACGCGGGCAGAUGGCUCAGUCGCCAAGCGCUCUGUAAACAAGUGACUGCCACGCCUUGGCUUCACCUCCUCGUGACCAGAUCUCGCAAUGAACAUCCCGUCGCUUUCGUCUCCGCCUGCGAAACCAGUUUCACGCUUCAUGUCCACCUCGACAUGUCAUUUGGCCACGCCUGCACCCGUCGCUAUGCGUUGAGUGUGGCCGGGAAAAACCUUGGUUACGCAUUUUAUGGCUAA